AUGGGCAUGACCUUCAAACUCCCUGACUGGAGUCUCAACUACCAAGUCGCAGCUUUCGGAGCCUACGCAACAAUACUCGUCGAGUCGGUAUAUGUGAUCCUCGGAGGUUUUGAGAACGCGUCUCUGCUCUCAACCAGUAUUCUCACCAAUGGCUCCGCGGUUUUUGUCGUCGGGUUUGGCGGUACUUUCUCGACGCCUUUUGCAAUCAUUCGGAUAUGCUUGACGUCCUUGUUCCUCCUCUGGGCCAUCAUCUCCCAGGAAAAUGGGGCUUUUGAUGGGACCUAUGCUAUACUGUGUAGCGUGGCGCAUCUCUUCUACCAGCUGCGGUUGCGGCAAAAUUGGGACGAAUCAGAGGGAUUCCUGCCUCAGUACGAGAAAUGUGCGAAGACGGAUGAAGCACCAUCGGAAAGCUGCCUGCAUACCCCUCCAAUGGACCACAACGACGCGGCAAAAUUGUCGAGAAAUCUCCGCAUCUUCUUCGGUGAUUCCUUUUGCCUUGAGGGUGCGAUGGUUCCCGUCACCGUUCUAGGUACGGUAAUGACCUACCGUGUUUUUGACUUCGAUCUCGGAUUCGGUCUGGUCUUCGCUUUCCUGUCGGCUUUCUCAUCCUCUGUAAUUUUGCUGUUCAUCAACUACGCUCGAACGAGGGGCCGACGGAUGGACACUAGGAAAGCGCUACAAAGAUUGCUCGCCAUGGUGUUAGUCAUUGGAAGUUUCUGCUUUGUCUUCUUUACCAGCGUAGAAUUCCCAGGCAUUGAAUUCAAUUGGUGGAAGAUCACCUUUGGUGUGGCUUGGUUCAUGUUCCUGUUCAUCACCACCUUCGUCGCCUGCCGAUUCCUUAUCCACGCCACCCUCUUCUCCUGUGCGGCAUGCAGUCAGAGAGAAGCGGGCAUAUAUGGGCCUUUGACCCAAGAGGCUUCUGCUCGUUGCCUUUGGGAUGAUUCCGUUACGUUGCCCGCUCUAGACCAGGUUAAGGACGACGCAAUAGGUGAAUCUACCACUUUCCGGAUAAAGCGGCAGAAAGGUCCAGAUCUUGUCGAACGAUUCUGGCUCGGUGACCAAGAGUGGUUUCAAAUAAGCCCGAGAAGCUUCGUGAUCUUUUUCGUCUCUUGUAUCGCAUUGGCCUCCUUCAGUGGUGGCGCGUUGGGCUUAAACGGCAGCUUCGCCGACAUCGGCAGCCAGGUAUCAAAGAAUACAGCGUUCUACGUAACAAUGGUCUUCACCUUUGUCUCUACUGGCCAUACUCCAGUUGGAGACUCUCCAGAGCUCAUGUUCGUUCCGUUAAGGCACUACUUCCCCGCUUGGAAGGCGAUCGCGAGCGCAAUACUUGCAACAAUGCUGGUGCAUGCUUACCUUGUACUUGCCCCUCUUUCGGAAGUGGAUUCCAGUUUCGCAACGCCGCUUGCAUGCACAGUUGUGGCGCCGUUGCUACUCGCCGGCCUUUCAAAGCCCUUGGACACCGUAGGCCAAGCAGGAAAUCGUGGACCCGGUCUCAAAGAACAAACAGUAAAUUUAGGUUCGGCAGAACCUUCGAUGUCAACUAUCAAAACUUGGGCCAUUGAUUCGACCCUGGUAUACUCUUCUUCACAUAUCAGACGCCUUGAUCUUCGAGUGCUUCUACUGGGGGUUUCUGUUACACUUUUUGAUGUACUGUGCAAUCAGUAUCAGGAUGAGAUGUCUGUCACAAGGUGGCCUACAAGUGCAGUUGUUUCAAUCAUCGUCACAGGAAUUUGGCUAUAUCUAAAUAAUUCGGUACCCACCUCUCGAGAACUUGAGCCUGGGCUACUCUCGUUAGCUGCGGCCUCUCUUGUGGGAAUCUUCAGCCACGUCAACUUCCUGGAUGCUUUUGGACUUUACGACAACGAAUGGGAGAAUAAGAACUCUACUCAGAUAAUGCCCAGGCCGGAGAAGGCCAGUCAUUCAAAUCCCGUCAUGAUUGCCUUGUGGUACACGACGCUGAUCUCCAUGGUCGUCUUUAACCGUCGGUUAGUCCACCGAAAGGCAGAUCAAGCGCUCCCCGCUACGAAUGGGCAGCCUCCCAAGAGAGACCAUCUGCUCUUCGGCUUACACGUCAAGACGUCACGAACAAGCUUUGCAUGGCAACUCAGAGAUUCUCGUGUCGCCAUCUGCCUCGUAUUUACAAUGGUAGCUGCCUGUAUGGGCGAAAGUUGGCCGCUUGACAUGAACACGACUGUCGCUGGGCUAUUGCUCUUUACAUUGAUUGUCAGCUUUCAACUUCCACCCACGUCUGAUAACUUAGACGAGAAGAAAAGCAUGCUUCACGUAGCCGCGCUUGGUUUUUCGGCCUUGGUGACGGUCCUAGCAGUUGGCCUCAACCGCCACAGGGCGUCGGAUGAUCUCAUGUCGGAUCCAAAACUUUAUUGGAAGGCGGGUGCAUGGUCCGCCUUGAUCUUCUAUCGGCUCUUUGUCAUGAUUGUGGGUAGUCUGCUAGAAGGCAGGGGCUGGUUUACAAGACGGAAUCAUGUGGGAGAGCUGCCUACAGUGGACGGUGCACGAAGGAGAGAAGCAGGAAAUCAUAGAUGCGACUGCCAAUGA